AUGGAAUGUAGUCUAUGUAAAAAACCUACAAAUAGGUGUUGUUCGAGAUGUCAAGCUAAAUAUUACUGUAGCCCGUUGUGUCAAAAGAAAGACUACACCAAUCAUGUACUCGACUGUCCGCCGAGAUCUGCGGAUACUCUUGUUAAAAAUGUUUUGGCCAAUAAAAUACCGACGAAAAUAGCGGUGCUAUAUGAAUACGGCUUUAACAACUGCAUGAAUCCCUGGGAUCAAAGAUUUCUUCUGGGCUUAUAUAUUGGCCUUAUAAAGUUUAUAGGUUGCAGUGCCUCGCAGAUCCAUUCAUGGUGGGAAAAUGGCGAGUUACCACUUAACAUCAAAAAGGCAUAUGAUGAUGCAGGCCAAAAUAGCGGAUACUACCAAUGGUUCUUAAAAAAUGAACAUUUAUUGCAGGGUCUGCAUAAAUAUGAGGGCGAAAAUUUCGAUAUAUCCUCAGUAGAUAAUUUAUAUGUAAUGGUCAAACCGUACCUCUCCGAACAUGAUCAAUCAGUUUCCAUCAAGUCUCUUCCGGAAUCGAAAUCUAGAGUAGUUGCUUUCUACUGGACCAUGCUCAGAGGAAGUAUUCCAAUGAUUGAAGAGGUGAAUUGGAUUGAAUUUGGGUUUUGUUCGUGUAAAGUUGAUCAAGACUACUUAGGACAGAUGGAAGAGUUACGGUUGUGUGCAUUGUAUCGAGAGCUUAUCAUUCAAAAAGGUUGCAAGAUCGAUGAAUUCCAUGAUGCCUACGUGUCUGGAUCAGUAGUGGACCUGUUGAAGAGAAAAUGUGACAACGGCAGUUGGUUAUCAGAAAACAGAAUUGAGGUUCCUGGAUACAGACAACAAAGAAUGAGCGUCUAUGAUCUCAAACAAUAUGUGCUGAGCGAAUCCGUAGAUCUCGCACGUCCUGUGUAUGUUGAUUAUGGUUUUAUGAAUUGUCGCACAAAAGAUGAGCAUAGACAACUUAGAAAUUUGUAUAACAAAUUAAUAAAAACUCCUCAAUUUGAUCUACGGGAUUUGCAUGAGGCCUGCGUGACAGGAAAAAUCUUCAAUUAUGUCAGCGCCAUUCUUCCUAACGAAGUGGUGAAAAGAGAUCUUUUGAGAAACGUUUACCCAUUGAAAGAUUUGGAAUAA